CAGCUAUCUUUCGCCACUCCAGGUGAAAACGGAGUCACACUUGUCAUAUGUUUUUUUAGUAACGUAUCCACCAAACAACUCACGUAAAUUCCGGACAGUGAAAAAUCCCACAAUCCGAGUUCAUCUUAUCUCGCAAAUAGCGAUAAUGGAAACACUCAUGGAACUCGAACUCACAACCUCCCGCUCGCGUUAAGAAUAACCGCAAUCAAGUUACCAUCUUCAUCAACGAUCCGUUGUUCACACUUGGCCAUAUGUUACCAAAGGACAAGGAAGAGUCAGAGUACUAUUUAUAGACAUUCCAACUUGGGAACCAACCCAAGGGUGGAGCCACUCCCUACUUUUUGUCACAAAAGGUACAGCUUUGAAAGGGGAAGUUCAAGUAUAUGUGAUUGUGGUACUCGUGGACUAAUUUAUAGCCUUCAUUUUUAUCCACGAAGAGAGAAGCAGCUAUACACAGUUAAGUCUUAUGCUCCAACAUUGGCCAUGUGUGUGGCUCUCUUUUCUUAUCUACACACAUUGAGCACUUUUAUUAAUAUAUGGCAUGAAUCUCUCUUCCACUCUCUUCUACUAGUCUUCAAAGUUUCCUAAACAUUUUAGAGAUGUCAGAUGAGAGCAAUGGCUCCCAAGAAGAGCCCCAAGUGCUAGAGGAGCUCAAGCUGCCGCAUUUGUUCUCAAACGAAAAAGUUCGAGAACUUCAUGCUACAAUAGAGAAUGAGUGGGAUUCCCUACAACGCUCAGCUUGCCAGACAGCAGCUGGAAGAGCCCUGUGGAAGCAUGUAACAAAUGACCCAGUUGCAGACUUGCUUGCAGGAGAGACAUACCUUAGAAGCCUUUAUGAGAAGAUGACCAAUGACCGCAUCAACAAAGCCCGUGAAGUUUCUGGAGUGAUUCUGGCAGUUCGAACUCUCUGGUUUGACUCCAAGAUUCAAGAUGCCCUUAAUUCCUUCAGCGGUGGUGGAGUGCAAGUCGUUCUUCUAGGUGCAGGAAUGGAUGCGAGGGCAUACCGCUUAAGCUGCUUGAAGGAAUGUGAUGUCUUCGAAGUGGAUUUCACCGAGGUCUUGCAAGUAAAAACUACUCUGCUGCAGGAAGCAAUAGAAUCGGCAGAAGGAGAUCAGCCACUAAGGAUGACAGCAAAAUCCCUAAACAGGGUAGCAGCUGAUAUCAGUAAGGAUGACUGGCUAGAGAAACUUAAAAUAUCAGGGUUUGAGUCAGAGCGGAAGACAGUAUGGGUUCUAGAAGGUAUCCUGUAUUACCUCUCACACGCCAAUGCCCUUCAAGUACUCAAGAUCAUUGCUGACAAGUCCUCCAUCACCAAAACAGUUCUCCUGGCAGAUUUCAUGAACCAGCCUUGUAUCUCAUCCAAUUCCAACUUCCAUUUCUACUGCGAUUGGCCUGAUCAUCUCCUACCAUCUCUAGGAUUUUCUAGUGUUAAGCUUUCACAAUUAGGUGAUCCCGAUGCUCAUUUUGGCCUCAUGCAUGAUCCAUUGAAUCUGUUCAACAAGCUCCGCAGCUUACCCAGGUCAGUCCAAACCAACCCAGACGAUGGCACACCAUGCCGUCGCUUGUAUUUGGUGCAGGCUUCUGGUUCACCCAAUCAAAAUAUUCCAUAGAUAGCAAUCUGCCGAUAUAAUAGAGACACUAAGCUGUCAACUACAAUUUAUAGCAUGGAUGCAAAAAAUCUUUAGUUUCUUUGAAAUAAGAUUGCUUGCAAGGAAGCAAUUCCACA